UCAAUUAAUAGCAAAAAGAAAUAUAUAUAAAUAUAUGUAUAUAUUUAUAUAUAUAUAAUCUAAUUUUCUCAUAUAUAUAUAUCCCCCUAUACAUACAUAUCAUUUUGUCUGUAUAUAUGUAUGUAUGUAUGCGCGCAAAAUAUAUGUAUUUAGUGUACGCGAAAGAAAUACGAUUUUGUCAACUAAAAAUAGUGCCUAAAUUUUGAAAUUAUUAUAAUUUUUUGUUAAUAACGACGACACAACGCUGCUAAACGACGAAAAUAAAAUCAAACCACUUUCAAAAACCAAAUCCAAAUAGAAGAAAUUAUAAUAAUUUGCAAUACUAAAUAUCAAUCAACACACACACACACACACACGCACGCAUGUUCGAGUUAAGAGUUUAAAGCAUUAAAGAAGAAGCGAGAGAGAGAGAGAUCGCAACGGCCAAAGUAAUUAGAUUCGAGCGUAUUUGAAAGGCAAUCGAAAGAUGACUUUCACGCGAUUAAAAACUCUGACAUUGCUCGUGUGUACGUUGCUGGCACUCAGUUUUCCCGGAUAUGUGAAUUGCGCUAACAAAAAAGGAUCCUCAUCAUCGUCAUCACAGCCAGCGGCGGCGGUGCCGCUUGAACCCGAGGCCGUCAUCGAGGAGGUCAAUGCCAAGCAAUUGGAGAAACUGUUGGCCGACAAGGAUUACGUUGCUGUCUUCUGGUAUGCGCGAAGCUGCGUGACCUGUGAUAAGGUUUUAGCGGAACUCGAAAAAAUUGACGAUGACACCGAUUCAUUUGGUGUGGACUUUGUGAAAAUUAACGACAAACGACUAGCUAAACAAUAUGGCAUCAAGAACUUCCCAGCGCUCACCUACUUCAGGGAAAAGGAGCCAAUCAUCUACGAUGGCGAUCUUAUGGAUGAGGAGGGCGUGCUCGAUUUUCUCACCUCGCUGGAGGCCAUGGAUCUGCCCGAUCGCAUCGAGGAGGUAAAUGCCAAAAUCCUGCACAAGAUUAUCGAGGAUACCGAUUUUGUAGCCGUGCUAUUCUGUCCCGAUCAUGAAACAUGCCCACCCAGGGUAAUGGAUAAACAGCAAUGCCGCAAAUGCGCCAAGGCUCUGCAAGAAUUGGAAAAUAUCGAUGAUGAGGCCGAUCAGCUUGGCAUCGGUUUUGUCAAGAUACACGACGAGGCCUUGGCCGAUGAAUACAACUUGGGCAAUCUGCCGGCAUUGGUCUACUAUCGCCACCAGACUCCGAUCAUCUAUGAAGGUGAACUGCAACGGGAGGAGGAUGUCUUGGAAUGGUUGGUCCAGAAUAAAUCAACCGGCGAUGAGGAUGAUGUUAUCGAGGAUGUCACAUCCAAGACGCUGUCAACGCUGAUCAGCAACAUUGAUAAUUUGGUUGUGUUAUUCUAUGAUCAUGGCAAUGAUGAUUCGAUGACCGUGUUGGAAGAGCUAGAACAAAUCGACGAUGACUGCGAUAAGCAUGGCAUUCAGUUUGUGAAAAUUGAUGAUGCCAAGGCGGCAGGCGAUUACGGAAUCGAUUCGAUUCCGGCAAUUGUAUACUUUGAAAAAGAAAUUCCAAACGUUUACGAUGGCGAUCUCAUGGAUGAGGAACAGAUACUGAAAUGGUUGUUGGGACAGUUGGAACGUGAUGAAAUCGAGGAUGUCACCGACGAAAUGCUCGAUACAAUGAUCAAAGAAGGACGCGUCAUUGCAGUGCUGUUCUACGACAACAACGACAAGAAAUCGCAAAAGGUGCUCGAAGAACUUGAGAACAUUGACGACGAAUGCGACGCUUUGGGCAUUACUUUCGUGAAAAUCGACAAUCCCGAGGAGGCCGUUGAAUAUGGCAUCAAUAAAGUUCCUAAACUGAUAUACUUUGAAAAAGGCAUUCCAACCAUAUACGAAGGCAAUCUGGAGGAUGAGGAGAAGCUAUUGAAAUGGCUCGAAGAGCAAACGAGUUCCGAUCAAAUCGAAGACAUUACCGAUGAAAUGUUGGAUUUGAUCAUUGAGAAAAUGCCGCACGUUGCUGUGCUCUUCUAUGAUAAAGAUCAAAAGAAAUCACAGAAAAUCCUCGCAGAAUUGGAAAACAUCGACGAUGAGUGCGAUCAAAAUGAUAUUGCUUUUGUCAAGAUCGAUGACGAUAAGGAAGCCAAAGAAUGGGGUAUCGAUGAGAUACCGUCGAUUGUACUCUUUGAACGUGGUAUUCCACAUAUCUACGAGGGUGAUCUGAUGAAAGAGGAUGAGCUGCUCGGUUGGCUGGUGCAUCAAAAGCGCUAUUCCGAAAUUCCCGAAGUCACCGAUGAAAUGAAGGACAAACUGGUCGAGAACACCGAACACUUGGCUGUCAUCUUCUACGACAAGGAUGACAAGCAGGACAUGCGCAUCUUGAACGAGCUGGAGAACAUUGACGAUGAACUCGAGAAGGAGGGCAUCGUCAUUGUGCGCAUCGAUAACGCUGCCGAAGCUAAGGAAUAUGGUCUCGAUCAUUUGCCCGCUCUGAUCUACUUCGAGAAUAAGAUCCCCGCUCUUUAUGAGGGUGAUUUAAUGAAUGAGGACGAGGUCCUGGAAUGGCUGCUGGUGCAGAAAAAGACGGCCACCAUCGAGGAGGUUACCGAUGAGAUUCUGGUCAACUUGAUCAAUGAACACGAGUAUGUUGUUGUCUUCUUUACGGGUCCCUGCGAACCGGGCGAGACUUGCGAUCACACGCUUAAUGCCCUCGAGAGCAUCGAUGAUGAGUUGGAUGAGGCUGGCAUCAUUUUUGUUACCACCGAGGAUACCGGCAUCGCUAAGAAAUAUAACGUGAAAACCUAUCCACGACUGGUGUUCUUCCGCAAUCGUGAUCCAUUGCACUUUACCGGCGAUCUGGAUGAUGAGGACGAAGUGCUCGCUUGGAUCACCGAUGAUGAAACCCUUGAGAUUCCCGGCAAAAUCGAAGAGGUCAAUGUCAAAAUGUUGGACAAGAUUUUGGCCGAAAACGAUCAUGUGGUUGUGUUCUUCUACGCCGAGGGUGACAAGAAGGCACAGAAGAUCCUCAACGAAUUGGAGAACAUCGACGAUGAAUGCGAGGAAAAAGACAUCGACUUUGUAAAGACAUCCGACGAUGAUAUCGAUAAGGAAUACGAUUUGCCCGGUUUGCCGGCGCUUGCAUUUUAUAGACAUAAGUUUAGAACAAUUUACACCGGUGAUCUGAUGAAGGAGGAGGAAAUUCUUGAAUGGGUUAUCGAUUUGCACGAAUCAACGGCUGAUGUUAUCGAAUCGGUGGAUCGCAAAACACUGCAAGUCUUGAUCAACGACGUGGAACAUCUCGCUGUUUUCUUCUAUGAUGAUGAAUGCGAAUCGUGUGGUGGCAUUCUGGAGGAAUUGGAGAACAUCGACGAUGAUACCGAUAAGCAUGGCAUUCAGUUUGUCAAAUCGAACGAUGUGAAGUUGGCCCACGAAAUUGGCAUUUUCGCAUUCCCCGCUUUGGUCUACUACGAGACAGGCGUUCCGAUCAUGUAUGAUGGUAAUAUUGAGAGUAAUACGGACGUGUUCAACUGGAUACUGGAGCAGAAGGCCGAUCAGAGCAUUGAGCUGAUCAAUCGGGAUCAGUUAAUUGAAUAUAUAGGCACCAAAGACUUUUUAGCGGUUGUUUUUUACAAAGAGGAUGAUCCGGAUUCACCACGUGUUCUGCGACACAUUGAACUCAUCGACGAUGAGGCUGCCGAAUAUGGCAUUUAUAUAGUCAAGAUGCAUGACAAGCUGAUGGCCAAGAAAUAUGGCUAUAGAAAUCCACCAGGUCUAACAUAUUUCCGCAAGGGCAAGUACAUUAACUACGAUGGCGACAUCGAUGAUGAGGAGGAGGUGCUCGAUUGGCUGACGAGUCCGGCCAACAUGGAAAUGACCGAUCACAUUGAGCAGGUUAAUCGCAAGAUGUUUGAGAAGAUUCGCAAGAAUUCCGACUAUGUGGCUGUCAUUUUCUACAGCGAUGAGUGCAAGCAAUGUCCACGAGUUUUGGCAGAAGUGGAACACAUCGACGAUGAUGCGGAUAAGGCGGGUAUUGAUUUCGUCAAGAUCGAUGACAAACAAAUGGCCAAGGAGUACGGCGUCUUUGCACUGCCAGCCAUUGUCUUCUUCAAGCCGACAUCCAAGGAGCCAGUCAUAUACGCCGGGGAUCUUUAUGAAGAAGAACAAAUCCUUACUUGGUUACUUACGCAAAAGGAUCCAAGUGGAGAUGUUAUCGAAGAUCUCGAAGGCGAAAGGCUUGUUCAAUUGAUCGAAGAGUCUGGCUCCAUUGCAGUGUAUUUCUGGAACAAAACGAAGUGUGAUAUUUGCAAUUCGAAAGCGGCGCGAAAGGCGCGUCUGAAAAAGGAACGCGAACAGCAUCAACAGGAUGGCGGCACCGCCAGUGCUGCCGCCGCUUUUGGCAGCGAUCCAGAGGGCGGAGCAGGUGGUGCUGGCGAAGCUGGCGGUGCUGCUGGUGGAGAUGGUGGUGGUGGUUCAGCCACGGAUGCCGCUGCUGCUGCGGCCAAACAUGAUGAUGAUGCCGAUGGCUGUGAGCAGUGCACCAAAGUGUUGGAAGAGCUUGAGAAUAUCGAUGAUGAUUGCGAUAAGCAUGGCAUUACUUUUGUUAAAACUCGCGAUUUCUCCGUUGCCGAUGGCUAUGGCGUCCACGAGUAUCCAGCCCUGGUCUACUUUGAGGGCGGAAUACCAAACGUGUUUGAAGGUGAGCUUAGCGAGGAGGAGGAAGUAUUGCAGUGGCUGAUUACACAGAAAACUGAAGAUCGCAUUGAAUUGAUCACCCGUCAAAUGCUGGAGACAAUGGUCGAAGAAACACAAUAUCUGGCUGUAUACUUCUUACCGAUUGAGCGAAAGGGCAAGCAACCCGCUUUCUGUCGAAGUUUCUGUUCCCCCUCUAGUCUUAAAGACAGCAACCUGACCACCACCAAACACUCAUCCAGCCAAUUCGUACAAAGCUACAUUUCUCGUAAAAGAAAACGUAUCCAAAAACAAGACAAGAUCAAUUGUAAUAUCUGUGAUCAGAUAUUAGAGGGUUUGGAACUGAUUGAUGAUGAGUGUGAUGUUUUUGGCAUACAUAUGGUUAAAAUUCAAGAUCCUCAGCUGGCCAAACGCUAUUCCAUCAAGACCUUCCCAGCUUUAGUGUACUUCCGGAAUGGCAAUCCUUUGCUCUUUGAGGGAGAUCUGCAAAACGAACAAUCGGUGCUGGAAUGGCUGAUUGAUGAUGAUAAUCGUGAGUUGGCUGAUGAGAUCGAGGAGGUGAAUGAGCGCAUGUUGGAUCGCCUGAUGGCCGAGUCCACAUUGCUGGUGGUGUUCUUCUAUGAUGAUGAUUGCGCCGAGUGUGAGGAAAUAUUGGAGGAGCUGGAGGAAAUUGAUGGCGAAGCUGAUAUGUUUGGCAUUGAUUUCGUGAAGAUUGCCAGCGUUGAGGCAGCCAAGAAAUAUGAAAUUGUUAACAUACCUUCUUUGGUCUAUUUCCGCAAGCAAGUGCCCGUGCUUUAUGAUGGUGACAUGCAUCAGCAUGACAAAGUCAUCACCUGGCUGACAUCGCAAGAUGUAUUCGAAAUUAAAAACGAAAUCGAGGAAGUCAAUCGCAAAAUGCUUGACAAACUGCUCGAAGAAAACGAAUUUUUGUCUGUGUUCUUUUAUGAACACAAUCAGGUGGAUAGUGCUGCAGCAUUGGAGAAACUGGAGAACAUUGACAGCGAAACGGAUAAUUUGGACAUUACCUUUGUGAAAAUGGCCGAUUCGCGUUAUGCCAAAAAAUGGGGCGUUACCAAACUGCCGGCCAUGGUCUAUUUCCGUCGUCGCUUCCCCAGCAUAUAUAGGGGUGACUUGCUGUCGGAGGAUGAAGUGCUCGAGUGGCUGCGCAAGAAUCGCUUCCGUCAGCCGGAAUUGAAUAUAUUCAUGUAUGCUCUGAUAGCCUUGGCGGUGGCCUUCGUUGUCUACACGGCCUUCUUGCUGCAGUGCUUCAAGCCAGCGCCUCCACCGCCCGUUCAGCAUCCAAAGCAGUCGUGAUCGAACUGAUCUAAUUGCUGGGCUACACAUUGCUGCUGUUGCUGUGAAACUAGAAAAUUGUUAAAGAACAUACGAAUCAACUACUUACUACAACUACUACAAAGGCCUGCCUGCGUGUAGAAUGAGAGUGAAAGAAAGAGACAAUGAAUGAGCGAAUGAGAAAUAGAAAGAAAGAGAGAUUAAUAAGGAAAUGAGAAUUGAAUAAACGAAACGAACAACGCACAACGCACAACACAAUCAGACAAAACAUCACAUCAUCAUCAAUAUCGAAAUAUCAUCAUGGAAAUCGUCUAAAUUAGACGACGAUAAGAAAUGACUUUAUAACGAGAGAAUGCCGAAUAUGCCCCAAGUAUUCUGCAAGAAUCCCAGAAAAGGAGAGAGACAGUGAGAGAGCGAGAAGAGUCCCUGGUGACAAAAACAUUGCAAAUAUUACAUACUUCUAUGAUUAUAAUAAUUGACAAUCCGUUUGGUUUCACUCUUGAACAAAUAAUAAAUGACAGUCAACUUUCUGGCUGCUUCCAAUUUAUCAAUAUAAUAAUAUACUAUACCAUUUGACUUCACAAUAAUGUACUUAAAAGAAAACAAACAACAAUAAUUAAUAACUCAACACUCAAGUCAUAGUAAUUACUUUUAAAAUUUAUAUUUAAAUACAAUUACAAUAAUAUUAAAUGCUUAAACACAGAGAACAUAAAAACAAAAUAAUAAUUUUUACAGUAAACUAUUACGGAUUAAAACAAAAUAAA